UAUUGCCACGUGGCAACCGUUAUAUAUAUUCAUGAGCGCAAAACUUCAACUUCAUCUUCUUCAUUAAUCAUCGUUCUUCUUCUGGUUCAAGAAUUCAAGAAUGGAACAAGAUUCCGAUCACGAGGUUUUGGAUUUGUCAUUGGCACCGCCAAACUCCGACGCAGCAGAGACACCUCCUCUCGGCCCAAAUCUCCCGGUCGCUCCGUCGAGUUCUUCUUCCGCUGACUCGAAUGUGUCACAAGGUCUUUCAAGCUGCACGAAUCUUCCGGUUGCAACGUCGAUUUCAGCCUAUGGAUGGGAUUUAUUAUGGAAUCUUCCUAUUGGAGCGUCGAGUUCAAUCGAUGGAUUGGAUCUUUCAUUGGGUUCAGCCGCCGCUGGGUCUCCGUAUCUCGGCACGGAUAUUUCUCCGGCCAUUACUUCUGGAUCGCAGGUUGCAAGUUCAGCUCAAGACUUGCCUAAACCACCGAGAGCUAUCAACUUUCCAAUGACCAAGAUUACAAUCGGAGAUUGGACCCAAGUUGCGGUCAUCCCCAAUGGUCUUAAGUCUAGGUGCUACUUUGGAAAGCAACAAUUUGUCUGGGAGAUUCUUGACGUGGUAGAAACAAAGACAAAAACAAAAAGGCAAUGGAAAAAAAUGGAGAUCGAGUGGGGAGAUGUCUUGUCCCUUAAAGCAGAUGUUCAAACUGGAUGCCUGGAUAUCGAGUUAAGAAUACCACCAAAGUUCUUCGAAGAGUGUGAUCCAAGUGUUCUUGGUCACUGGCAAAAGAUCCCCCAUUUCACUGAAGAUCAUCCUUCUAAUUUUUGCAGGAGACAUGCACUACAUUUUGAUCCGGAAGUUUUAAGUAUGAACUACAACAAGAUAGUAGCAGACAGCUUCUGGACCAGAAGAACAGUGGAAGUCCCUUUCCCAUCGUUACCAGACUCGCUUCACUUUGAAGAUGGCGAUGCAAACUUAGCGGUUGGAGACAACAGCCAGAAUGCCUCUGCAAAUCAGUCACUUGUGCCGCAAGUUAUCCCACCGUCUCAACAAAUGAACGUACGUACCUUCACCUGAUCCUCAGGUUGGACCGAAUCUAAGAGGCAUAUCGCAACAAAACCCGCAAGAAGAAGUAUCGAAAAAGGGUGAGAAAAGGAAACGAUAAUUAGGGAAUGACUCAAUGCUUUCAUGAAGCAGUGUUGUUUGAUGGCUUUUUAGAUGUAGUUCUGCUUUCCACCAAAAAACUUGUUUCCAAUUUUGUUCAUCAUUUUACUGCUUUCUCUGGUUUGAAACAGCAAAUUAAUUUCUGUUUCUGUAUAUAUGGCUUAACUACUUUUUACAGUUUUGCUUGUGAGUAGUAUUGGCGUUUGCGUGUGACUUGAGUUAUGAUUACUAGGAAAGAAGGCUUUAUUUGUUUCCAAAAGUAAUCUGCUCUUUAGCAAGCGUGGUUUGUUUUUUCUAAAACAUAAAGAGGGACUUGUCAAAUUUCUAUAAAAAAGAAUGAGCCCUUCUUUUAAAUUAUCCGCCAGCUCAUCAAUGUCUUUCCGGUUAGCCUCCGAGAAUAUUUACCUGUAUUCA